UGGCCUUAACAAAUAUAGUUUUUACACAGAAAAACCUUGUACCUAUAAGUAAUUAAAUGAAUGAUUCAAACAAUAAGCAUUCAAAUCAUUACAAGUUCUUAGAUCAGUCUGAUUUACUCAUGAUUAACAAAUAAAGUAAUACAGUAAAUCAAGAAACUACAACGAAUUUGUACGUAAAGUUUUAUGAGGAACUCUACGGGUACACAAACUACGGUAUGGAAACGCCAACACCUUCAACGACGCCGGGGGACUGUUUGCAAGGAAUAUUGCAAAAUCUGGAUUCCCUGACACCCACUGGUGUGGACUCUGACUUUGACGAGAGUCUUGCCGUUCCAGAAUCUUUGUCAGUCAUUGAUGUAGAUAAGAUAAACAGCAAAGAGGAAACGGAUGCUUCAGCUCCCCUAGCAACUGCAGUGCCAUAUAAAGCCAUUCACGCUUCUCCAAUUAAAUUUAAUUCAGUACAUAGAAAAGUGUUCAUACCGGGUGUUGAAAUAAAGGUCAGAUUCGUGGAGAACGAAAGAAGCGUGACGACACAUUUACUCAACCCUAAUUUAUAUACGAUAAACCUCCAACAUGGCGACUUCACUUGGACGAUUAAAAAGCGCUACAAACAUAUUCUGUAUCUCCAUCAACAGCUGUCUUUAUAUAGAGCAACUCUCAAAAUACCCUUUCCCACCAAAACCCACAAGUCGAGACGAGCUAGUUUUAAGAAUACAGUGGACACCGAAGAGAAGGCAGAAAAAGUGGUACUACAAGCCGUUCCGAGGAGUAAUUCUAAGCGACGGGAAGGCAGACCUAGAAAGCGGAAAGGAGCCCUGCCAAGAUUCCCUCGGAAACCAGAAGUGAUGGUGACAUAUGAAGGAAUACAGUUGCGUAUGAAACAACUCGAGGAAUACCUCUUCAAUCUACUGAAUAUAUCCAUAUACAGGAAUCAUCAUGAGACAGUGAAAUUUCUCGAAGUUUCCAAUAUUUCGUUCAUAUCAGAACUGGGUACGAAAGGCAAGGAGGGAAUUAUACAGAAGCGAACCGGUUCGACUCGGCCCGGUCAAGCUGGAUGCAAUUGCUUCGGACUCCUGGGCACUAUGGUGUGUGUCAGAUGUAAUUAUUUCUGCACGGGGUUAGUGUGUGCGAAAUGGCAGGAUAGAUGGUUGUUCGUGAAAGACACCUUCUUCGGGUACAUUCGGCCCAGCGACGGCAUCAUUAAGGGCAUUAUGUUGUUCGAUCAAGGGUUCGAAGUGUCGAGCGGUUUGUAUUCAACGGGAUUGAACAAGGGCCUACAAAUCCUGAACCAGAGCAGGCAGAUGGUGAUCAAGUGCUGGACUAAGAGGAAGAGUAAGGAGUGGAUGCAUUAUCUGAAGAGUGUUGCCAAUCAAACCGCUCGGGACUUUACUUACCCGAACGUCCAUCACUCGUUCGCCCCCCCUCGGGCGGCCACUCCGGUGGCCACUCUAGUCGACGGCUCGGCGUAUCUGUCAGCCGUCGCCGACGCCAUGGAGCUGGCCAGGGAGGAGAUAUUCAUAGCCGAUUGGUGGCUCAGCCCCGAAAUCUAUAUGAAGAGACCGGCCCUGAAUGGGGAUUACUGGAGACUAGAUACCAUUUUGAAAAGGAAGGCGGCACAAGGCGUGAAGGUGUUCGUGAUGCUGUACAAAGAAGUCGAGAUGGCACUGGGUAUCAACAGUUUCUACAGUAAAAGUAGAUUAGCUAGUGAAAACAUUAAGGUUUUCCGACAUCCAGACCACGCAAAAGGUGGAGUGCUAUUCUGGGCUCAUCACGAGAAAAUCGUUGUUAUCGACCAAACUGUUGCGUUUUUGGGCGGCAUCGACCUCUGCUAUGGGAGAUGGGACGACCAUAAACACAGACUAACCGACCUCGGCAACAUAUCGCAACCGAAAACCUUGAUAAAAUCCAAGAAGAAAACCUCGAGUUCCCCCGGCGGCGGAUUGUACGUGAAUUACGGGAACGGAUUGGAAGCUGCGAUCGAAUUGGCCAAGUCUUCGAGAGAUGUCGUUAUUGGUCUUAACAUACCGUUCCAAGAAGAAGAAAACGCAGAAAGUACAGAGAAUGAAACGAAAUCUGAAGAAGACACAUCAAAACCCGAACCUGUCCUAGAAGUGGGUGAUCAAUUAUUACAAGUAGGAACACGAAGAGAUUCGAAUUAUGACAGCGAUGGACUUAAACGAAACGUUCUAGACAAAAUAACGGACAGAGGAAAAGAUUUUAUCAGUAUUAUAUACCCACCGUACGAGGAGGAGAGAAAUGAACAGAAAUUUGAUGAUUCUGAAAGAAAAAAAGCAGAGAAAUACGCUAGGUCGAACGACGAGAUACUUCUCACCGAUGGCAUUAAGCCUAGGUCGCCUAGCGAACCUACGCCCUUAGCUCAAGUAGUCGAAGGGAGGGUGAUAACGGAAAGUACGAAAAAAGCCUCAGAUGAUAUAGAAGGGAACUCGAAGUUGUGGAUAGGCAAGGACUACGUCAACUUCAUAGUUAAGGAUUUUAAUACGUUGGAACUACCUUUUGUUGACCUGGUGGACCGCAACACGACGCCGCGCAUGCCGUGGCACGACGUGGGCGCGCUGCUGGCCGGCGCCGCCGCGCGCGACGUGGCGCGACACUUCGUGCAGCGCUGGAACGCCGUCAAGCUGGAGAAGGCCAGGCAAAAUACGAACUACCCGUAUCUGGUGCCGAAGACUUACAGCGAUAUCAAGCCGUUACAAGGCUUGGAACAAGUUCUCAAUAUAGAAAUGAUUAACACUUCCUGUCAGGUGUUACGGAGUGUGUCGAGCUGGUCCUGUGGGUUCCUGGACCCCGACACGGUGGAGCAAAGCAUACACGAGGCUUAUGUCGACACCAUCACGCGCGCACAAUACUAUGUGUACAUCGAGAAUCAAUUCUUCAUCACUCUCUCCAGGUCCAACCUCACCGUCAGGAACCAGAUAAGCGAAGCGCUGUACAACCGUAUAAUGCGAGCACAUCGCGCCAAGGAAUCGUUCCGCGUGUUCGUGGUGAUGCCGCUCCUGCCGGGGUUCGAGGGGGAGGUGGGGGGGCCCUCGGGGACGUCGCUGCACGCCGUCACGCAUUGGAACUAUCAGAGUAUAUGCAGAAGUCGAGAGGCAAUCAUCACCCGUCUGUACGAGGCGGGUGUAGAGGACCCGUCUGAGUACAUUACUUUCCACGGUCUCCGGACACAUUCAAUAUUAGACGGAGAACCGGUCACUGAGUUGGUGUACGUACAUUCGAAGCUACUGAUCGCUGAUGAUAGAUUUGUCAUAUGUGGGAGUGCCAACAUCAACGACAGGUCCAUGAUUGGUAAACGGGACUCAGAAAUUGCAGUGCUUCUACAGGAUGAACAAUUCGAAGACGGUAUAAUGAACGGGAAACCGUUUCCGUGCGGUCGGUUGGCCGGCGCUCUCAGGAAGCGUCUGUUUCGGGAACACUUGGGGUUGAUGGAAGAGGAUGUGAUCAAACUGAGCGUCAAUCUGGACGACCCGUGCUGCGAUCAGUUCUAUAACAGAAUAUGGAAAGCCACUUCGAAACGGAACACUGAUAUUUAUGAAGAAGUUUUUCACACGAUUCCAACGGACUCGGUGCACACAUUCGCCGAGCUGAAGAAAUACAAUGAAGAGAACAACGAAACACUCUGGCACAAAGACCCGGCCCUCGCGAACAGGAAAAUAGACCUUAUACAGGGCUAUCUCGUCGACAUGCCGCUACAAUUUCUUUGCAACGAAACAUUAACACCGAGAAACACUUCUAUGGAGGGUAUUUUGCCAACCUCUCUCUGGACUUAAGUCAAUAAAAGUUGCCAAUGGCAACAAAACUCCUAUUAUUAAUAAUUUAAAAUGUAAAGAAACAGAACAAAACAUGUUUUGGAUGUCUACAAAACUAAUACAUAUGUAUAAUGUAUAUAAAUAAUAUUGGAUUUGCCGAAACUUAAACCAGAAAGCAAUUUGUUGCGUCUCAAUAAUUAUUUAGAAAAUUCAUUCAUUAAUCGUGUAGUUUGCAGCUUAAAGCAUUAAUUGUUAAUUAAAUAGUGGUAAUAUGUGGUUCUAACAAUAUUUACGUAACGCGUGCUUUGUCUCUUUCCUUGAGAUUAAAAUAUUUUUACAUUGUUUUUGUUAAUAAUUUAUGUUGUAAGAUUUUAGAAAUAUUUUUAAUACCCAUGUUACAAUCUUCAUUUAUGUAAUCGUCCAUUAAUUCUAUAAUUAUUUUUAAAUUGAAACUUUGGAAUUAAUAUGUUAAAUAAUUAUAAUGCUUUAAAUUAUUUGAAUCUUCAUAUUUAAUUCAUAUUUAUUUCUUAAUAUUAUUUAUAGACAUAAUAUGAUAUAUGUAUAAACUAAUAAUAUAUAAUCAUAUGAGAUAAUUAUUAUAGAUUUACUCUUCUAGUGUAUAAUUUGACAAAAUACAAACCAAUGAACUCAACUUUGUAAAAAAUGUAACUUCACAUUCCAAUUUACACAUUAUACUCAUACAAAACAUUACAAAUGAAAACAAAAAUGAAAUGAAUACUUUUAUCUUUGACGUUAUAUAAUAACUUUGUACUAAUUAUGAUGUUGAUUUAUAUAUCAAUAUAUGUAAAUAAUGUGUAUGUAUAUAGCCAUACACGUAUUGGCUCACAAAACUUUCAAUAGCAGAUAUUAAAAACAAUGAUUUUGAUUCCAUUAUUGGUAAGGCAAAUGAACGAACUGUACCUAAUGGGAAGGCUACCUAAAUCAAUAGAAUUUGGCAAUGUUUUGAUUAAUUCUAAUACCGUCACUAUCCGUGCAAUUCUAGUACACAGUUAUAGGAUCUAAGAUGUCAUGUGUCUGUUGAUAAUACACUCAUUGUUUAAACUGAAACUUGAAAAUAAAAACACUUCAAAUAAAGUAAUCGGUUCUAAUAUAAAGGUUAAAUAUUUUUUUUUUUUAGGCAAAGACAGAAACUUUUCUUUUGUCAUGUUACAUAUUCCAUAGAUGGAUAAUUAUUUUCUUUUAUACAAUUGUCAAUAGUUAUUUCCAUUCCAUUUUUAAAUUUAUGCACAAAUUAUAUUCAAAUGUUUUUUUUUUUACGAUUUGGUAAUUUAAUUAUAAUUUAAUAAAUUACCUGAGGUUAAUAGCCUGUUAUAUAUGAAGCAAUUUUCUUCUAUGUCGUAAGAUCUAAGGUGACUUAUUUUUUUUAUUAAUUUAAUAUAUGUAAAAUAUUCAUAAAAAAUGACCUUGUGAAUGAAAGUUACAAAACAUAAUUGUAAUAUAAGCAAAACGUUAUCUAUAUAUAAAACGUUUAAAUGUAAUUUGUGUGCUAUACUUAAUGCUAUCUACCUCAAAUUAGACUAAUAUAUGCUGAAAUAAUUCUAUGAAACUUGAUUGAAUAUUAUCCAAUAAAUAAAGUUUUAUUCUGUUUUCUUGAGUCACGAGUCGUUUUUAAAUAUUAUUUAUUAUUUUCGGUGUAAUAAAGGUUCCUUUUACAAAAUGCUUUAUAAGCUACUCAUCAAAGUUUUUUUUCAACUUGAUAUUAUAUAUUGUUUAUUUAAUAUUUGAAUGUGUUAAUAGUUUAAAGGUAAAGCUGCCUUUAAAGAAAAGCAGAGCUAUACUUGUUAAGCAAGUUUGAAGAAUGUAAUAAUACUUGCUAUAUGAAAAUACAAGUAUUAAUUAAUCUAAAAACAAAGUUCUCUGUUUGAUCCAUAUGUUUAUUUAAUAGUGAAAAAAUACCACUAACUGACUCAUAACGAGAACUCCGAAACUAUAGGUUUAAAGCAUGAGAUUAAAUUUCUAAAUAGGUAUAGGUUUUUAAAAAGUUUAACUUCAAGAGGAGUGGAAACUACGAAUGAAUUUUACUCCUACUAAGUCGGUAUGGAAAUUAAGUUUUUAUAUACUUUUUUUUUGUAGUUGUCUAUGGGAAGGUUGAGGAACAUAAAAACAGAGUAUAUUCCUUUUUAGGAAAGGAAGUAUUGCUAUUAUUAAUGUUUUAUAUUUAUUAUAUACUUAAUUAAAUUGUAAUAUAUUGUAACAAGAUUUAAUAAUAUAU